UGGCGACAUCUUCCCGGCAUGCAACUUUAAAGUAACCCGCGGCUGAUCGACACCCAAGUUAUUUGCUGCAGACGAGCACGUGGGGAACUUUCACUCGUGAAACAGAUCGACAUUUGAAUUGUCCAGAAUGAACGGAUAUAUUGUAGCAGUUUUGGCUUCUGUGCUGUUUGGAGGAUCUUCUGUCUCCGCCAUCUGUGAUUCCACUUCCAGCGGUAAGAUUCAGCAGUGCCUCUUCAAGUCCGAGCUCUUCAACCCAAGUUUAACCCCUAAGGAUGAGGCCUCCAUCCAAACGUUCUGCCGAGACAACAUGAACAACAUCGUGGACUGCAUGGAAGGACACAUGCAGGACUGUGUCGACAAUCAGAAAGAGAUGAAGCUGAUGAAUCUGUUGGUCAGCAUCCCCGACACCAGGGCAGGCCUAUUGUACAUGUGCAAUAACAUCUCUGUUCUGGUGGAGAAGGCAGCUUGUUUCUCUGCCUUUGGGGAGUCCAGUUUCUUUGACUGCCUACAGAACGCUGUCGCUGCCAUCACCAACGCUGGAGAACCAACUGACAUCAAGUCUGGACUGGACAUGGUCUGCAAGUUCUUCGACUCCUUCACCGGCUGCUUCACCGACCCCUUCCAGGACGACUGUAGCCCCGUGGGCGUCAUCUACGGCCGUGUGUUUGAAGGGGUCAAAUAUCCCUACUGUAAGCUUGACACGGUAAGGAGACAGGCUGCCAUCACCGAGUAUGAGACCAGCGUCAUUGGCGGCACCUCCAUCGUCCGUUACAGCAUCGUCUCCAUCAUCGCUGUCAUUUCCGCAGCCAAGUUGCUUUAGAUCGAUUAGACAUCUACAGAUGGCGCCCUAAUGUUAACCAUACUACUCAGCAUUUGCUAAAGACACCUUUUGUUUUGUUUAUUUGCUUGUUUAACGCCGAUCUCAGCAAUAUUCCAGCUAUAUGACGGCGGUCUGUAAAUUAUCGCGUCUUGACCAGACAAUCCAGUAAUUAACAUCAUGAACAUCGAUCCACGCAAUUGGGAUUGAUGACAGGCAUCAACCAAGUCAGCGAGCCUGACCACCCGACCCCGUUAGUUGCCUUUUACCACAAGCAUAGUCGCCUUUUAUAGCAAACAUGGGUUGCUGAAGACCAUGGAUCUUCACAGGUCAAAGACACCUUUUACUAAAGGUCACUGUUUGUCCUUAGCAAAUGUUGAGUAGUAUAUAUAUUCAGUGGCAGUUUCGACAUAGAGUAUUGUUCACAUUGUUUUGCAGAUAUUUCAUUGAGGGUUUUUAUUCUAGGUAAGCAACAACAAUUUGUUCCCCCUAAAUCAACCGGAUGCCAAGCAAAGAAUACUAAAUUUAUUCAAAUGGAAAUUAUGAUUUUCAUUUAGGUAAUGGUCACAAUGCUAACGUUUGCGUCACAAGCAGAAUGAUAUUGAUGUCAUGUUUUUUAUUGUGUACAUGUAUUUGGAUGUUUAUUGUUAUGGACAAGUGGUACAUGUUGGAUGCGUGAACUGGUUAUAACUUGGAUAUAUUGUGAACUAGACUUAUUUUCAAUUGUUCGCGUUUCAUACAAAAAGACAUUUUACAGAGGUUUAGUUCCGCGCCAAUGAACCCCAUAAUCUGUGAUAUACUUGUAUGAGCGAUUCGCUGUGCAGAGUUGCGUCCCUUGGGCACGCCAGAAACCUAUGAUUGUGGGUUCGAAUCCCGGUUCGCCCCGAUUAUGUUUCUAGGUUUGUCAGCACCAUACCCGUGCUCGUGGGUUUCA